CAAUACACCUCCCAAGAGCCAAGAUGAUCCCUUAGGAUCCCUCCGGUAGCUGCAUUUCCAUUUUGUAGACAGAAAGAUGCCGUCUCACCCAAGCAGCCAGAACGGCGACGUUCCAACUAUCAUGUUACACGACAUCGUCUCUGCCAAGCCAGUCUCAACGGCGCCGUUUAAGAAAGUCGUCCUUCUAAGUCUUCUCCAGAAGAUCAGGAUCAUCGUGUUUCACAAACCUAGCCUCCCAUCUAAAGAAGCGGCAGCAAAAACUCCAAAGCUUUCCUCGAUGAAGCUCCACAGACAUCACCGACUCAACAGAAGGUCAUGAUGCCUUCCCGUUGCGUCUCUGCAAGCCACAACGAUCAUCUUCUCCAUUCCCUAGUAUAAAUACUGAUCUUCCUCCUUCAAUUGAACUUCGGCAGUCUGUAAUGAGAGAAAUAGCAGGGGAUUUUUCCAGAAAUAGCACUGUUAAAAAAAAAAUCCUAAAAUAGCACCUAAGUCCGAAAAAUUCCAAAAAUAGCACCCUUUUCCAAAAACCGCUCCCUACCAGUGCGGUUUAGGCGAAAACCGCCAUCCAGGGGCGCGUUUUUCGAUGGAAACCGCACCCCCAGGGGGCGGUUUUGCAGACCGCACCCCCACCAUGCGAUUUGGUUGCAGAUCGCACCCCUAGGGUGCGAUCUGCUUUUUUUUUUUUGUUGAAAAAUCCUAACCUAGGUGGAAACUUCAAACGGACGUAUCUUUGUGUUCAGGUAUCCAAUCGUCGCAAAUUUUUUUUUGAUUUCGCAUAACUUUUUGAGAUCUUGCAAGCCAAAGGUGGUUUGGUCCCGCCUUCAUCCCAAAAAAUGUCGUUUGCUACCCCGAACGAGCUUUUUUCCGAUUUCGUCAAACUUUGGACAAACAUAACUUUGUGCUCCAAAAUCCAAACAACAUUAAUUUUAUUUUAUUUCGCAUAGCUUUUUAAGGACUACAACUUUUAUCAUAGACACAAUUUCAAAAUGUACGUGGAUUGCUGAGAAGGGAAGGUAAGCUAUUCCCAAAAUCCUGUAUAUCCAAAAAUAAUUCCUGUUUUGAAAAUUCAUUAUAGUAAAAAUUGUAGUCCUUAAAAAGUUAUGCGAAAUAAAAAAAAAUUCAUGUUGUUUGGAUUUUGGAGCACAAAGUUAUGGUUGUCCAAAGUUUGACGAAAUCGGAAGAAAGCUCGUUCGGGGUAGCAAACGACAUUUUUUAGGACGAAGGCAGGAUCAAACCACCUUCGGCUUGCAAGAUCUCAAAAAGUUAUGCGGAAUAAAAAAAAAAUUCGCGACGAUCGGAUACCCGAACACAAAGAUACGUCCGUUUGAAGUUUCAACCUAGGUUAGGAUUUUUCAAAAAAAAAAAAAGCAGAUCGCACCAACCAAAUCGCAUGGUGGGGGUGCGGUCUGCCAAACCGCCCCCUGGGGGUGCGGUUUUCAUCGAAAAACGCGCCCCUGGGUGGCGGUUUUCGCUUAAACCGCACUGGUAGGGAGCGGUUUUUCAGAAAGGGUGCUAUUUUUGGAAUUUUUCGGAGUUGGGUGCUAUUUUUGGAAUUUUUUUUUUAAAAAGUGCUAUUUCUGGAAAAAUCCCAAAUAGCAGAAUAUUUCUUCUACUUUGGGUCCAUGAGAGUUUUGCUUCAGUAGCUUGAUUCACAGUGUGUUAUCUGAGGGAAUCAAGCUUGGGAAGUGUCUUUCAUUUUCAAAUUUCAAAGUUGGCAUGGAUUAGGUUCUUUGUUUGUAAACUCUUUGAUUGUAAUUUUCGUUUGAUCAAUAAAUCACUCAUUCCAUCUUAGUCUGUUUGGGAGAAAGUCAAAGAUCUCGUUUAUCUAUUGCUAACCUAUUUAGCUAUUGCACCCCUUUUCAAAGUCAACACAUUUGAGGUCAUAAAGCUGCCAAUGCCAUCAAUCUGCCCUUGAAGUUAGGGGUGGAAAUCGGUACGGUAUCGGUAUUCCAAUACCAAAUACCGAAAUCCCGAAUACCGAAUUAUACCCUAAAGUCAAUCCCAAUCUUAAUCCCUAAAUAAUUUCGGUACCCCAAUCCCUAAAUAAUUCGGUAUCCCAAUCAGUACUUCGGUAUCCCAAUCGGUAUUAUCGAAUACGAAAUUAAUUACCUUUGCAAUUAAUAAUUAAAUAUAUAAAUUAGAUUUUA